UGGCCGCGAGCGCUGGGCGGCCGCUCCUGAUUGGUCGGACGCCGGCGCUGGCCCCUCCCCCUGGCCGCGGCUGCAGGAGAGGCCCGGGCCAGAGUUUGCCGAGGGCCGAGCCGGGCGCGCGCAGGGCGGUGGCGGCGGUGGCGGCGCAGAUGAGGAAACUGAGGCCCCAUCAAGUGAAGUGACUUGCUCACAGCCACACAGCUGGCUUACUCUGGCUGCUGUAUCAACAAGAGACCGUGGGGGCAAAGGUGGAAGCCAGGAGACACAGAGAAGGCAACUGCACUAGUCUAGCUCAGCAGGGAGUUCCAUUCAUCGUGGUCACUCAGGGCCAGGCCUGAUGGGGCUCCCACCAUAUCAGAUGUGGCUGGUCACCGUACCAGGAGAAGUAGACCUCUAGAGGCACCUGCUCCAGUAAUUAAAUCCUUCAACCCAGAAAUGUCAUGUGUCAUUUCCUCUCACAACUCAUUGGCCAGAACUAGUCACAUGCUUGCCCAGGCACAAAGAGAUCUCCUGGGCACGCCCCGUCUUCUCGCUGCUCAUGCCGCUGGGACUGGGGCGGCGGAAAAAGGCGCCGCCUCUGGUGGAAAAUGAAGAGGCUGAGCCAGGCCGUGGUGGGCUGGGCGUGGGGGAGCCGGGGCCCCUGGGCGGAGGUGGGGCUGGGGGGCCCCAAAUGGGCUUGCCCCCCCCUCCCCCGGCCCUGCGGCCCCGCCUUGUGUUCCACACCCAGCUGGCCCACGGCAGCCCCACUGGCCGCAUCGAGGGCUUCACCAACGUCAAGGAGCUGUAUGGCAAGAUCGCUGAGGCCUUCCGGCUGCCAGCUGCCGAGGUGAUGUUCUGCACCCUCAACACCCACAAAGUGGACAUGGACAAGCUCCUUGGGGGCCAGAUCGGGCUGGAGGACUUCAUCUUUGCCCACGUCAAGGGGCAGCGCAAGGAAGUGGAGGUGUUCAAGUCAGAGGAGGCGCUGGGGCUCACUAUCACAGACAACGGGGCCGGCUAUGCCUUCAUCAAGCGAAUUAAGGAGGGCAGCGUGAUCGACCACAUCCAGCUCAUCAGCGUGGGUGACAUGAUCGAGGCUAUCAACGGACAAAGCCUGCUGGGCUGCCGGCACUACGAGGUGGCCCGGCUGCUCAAGGAGCUGCCCCGAGGCCGCACCUUCACGCUGAAGCUCACGGAGCCCCGCAAGGCCUUUGACAUGAUAAGCAUGCGUUCAGGGGGUGGCCGCCCUGGCUCCGGUCCCCAGCUGGGCACUGGCCGUGGGACCCUCCGGCUCCGAUCCCGGGGACCUGCCACAGUAGAGGAUCUGCCUUCAGCCUUUGAGGAGAAGGCCAUUGAGAAGGUGGAUGACCUUUUGGAGAGUUACAUGGGCAUCAGGGACACAGAGUUGGCGGCCACCAUGGUGGAGCUUGGAAAGGACAAAAGGAACCCGGACGAGCUGGCUGAGGCCCUGGAUGAACGGCUUGGUGACUUUGCCUUCCCGGACGAGUUCGUCUUUGACGUCUGGGGGGCCAUUGGGGACGCCAAGGUUGGCCGCUACUAGGCCUCCUGCUGGACCUCAAGAUGACUUGGGCCAGGCCUGGUGGGAACCUCUGGGGUGGGGACACCACAGCCCGGACCCCAGCGUCCAGCUUGGGCCUAGCUCAGUAGCCCUAGGACGAUGUGGAGCAGUUGGGGUGGGGGACCGGGCCUCUGCCCCACUCCAAUCGGUACCACCCUCUCGUCAGUUCCCAGCGGGGUCCCCAGCCCCCCCACCUCCGCCCUGUUCCCCACCUACCUCAGCCGGGUCAGGCGCGGGGAGGGACCAGCCAGAUUGGGCGGCCACCCAACCCCCAACACUUUCCGCAUCAGCUGCCAAACUGGUCCCUCUGUCUCCCUGGGGCCUCGGAUUCUGUUUGGGGGUCGUGACCUCCCUAGUUUCCUGACGCAGGGAAUGCAGCAGGGGGGUGUUACCCCUGAGCAAAUGCAAUAAUACCCUCCCCCUCUACCACCCCCCACCCCCAGAGGAGCCCCCUCACUGUGGAGUCUGUUACCUCCGCAUUUGAAACAUGAGUCUGCUGUGAAGCCCCCAAACUCCCUUCCUCCCUGGCCCCCUGUGUCUCCCUCAGCCCAGCCCCGGACCGAGGGGCAGGAGGCAUGAUGGCGGUGGGCUUUUGUAUCUGAAUUUGCCGCCUUGAACAUAAAGAAUCUAUCUGCUGUU